CGAACGCGAUUCGCUAAUCGGGGCGCAGUCGUGACCCAACGAGCGAAUCCUCACUGUACCUAUUGGCCCUUAUUACGAGUGUCACAUCACGGUGAGAAAGUGGUAGAGUGAGCACAACCCUAUUACGAGUAACACCCUAGUGACGAAUUCUGGAAAAGUUCAUUUCAAGUGACAGCCCGCAUGAAUUCAGACUGAUUAUGAGUAUCACGUCACCGAUCAAAACAUUCACUUCCAGUGGAAUGUUUUCACUGUUGUUUUAGGUGGUGAAAACUUGUCACGGAACAUCAAGCAGAACAUGGAGAAGAAAAAAACGAACAAGCGGCAGUUUGCAUGGCUCGUUGCCUUCAUGGAAAAGUAUCCGGAGCUUGCAAGAGGUGGCAAAUUUACCGACUCCCGCGAAUCAGUACCUACUCUUUGGGCGCGAGCCCAAACAUCGCUUAACAGUUUGGGUCCUCCCACACGAUCCGUAGCACAGUGGCAAAAAGUUUGGACUGACAAGAAGCUUCAACUAAAGAAGAAGUUGCAGCACAACAGCAACGAAGUAAGAGCUACUGGUGGCGGCAGGAAUACACAAUAUUCUUUCACGGAUCUGGAAGAAGUAAUCAUUCGUCUGCUUUCGCUUAAUAGAUUGGUGGAUCACAGCGGUGCUGUUUUUGGAACACCUGCUUCACCUGUCGCAUCUACAAGCCGAGAUCAACCAAGACAGAUUUCUUGCAAUGAUGAUUGCCAAAGUGAUGAAGGUGAACCUACACGUAACGAACCGUCCUGUCAGCCAGAAGAAGUGAGUGCUCGUGAGAAUGGAGGUGAAAGAGGUGACCAGCCUACCCCCCUUCGUAGGCGCGUAAACAAGCGCAAUUACCGAAAAACUUUGCUGGAGAAGCAGACGAAGGAUCUCGGAAAAAUGAAGGCAUAUGUACAGCGUCCGUUCGUUCGUUGCAAACCCGCUCGUUGCAACGUCUUUUGGUUGCAAGUUCGCUAAUUGCAACAUGUUGCAAUUAAAAAGCAAUUAACUGUCAUAAUCAAAUGUCAAAUUAUGAACUGACAGAUUUGCCGAGGGGCCCACAAAUGGAAAUAAAUAUACUACAAUUUGA